UUCGUCGAGGUAGGACGAGCUCUCACUGUCUGAGCCAAACCGAACCGGGCCGAGCUGAGCCGAGGUCAGCGGUGGCCAGAGGAACCCAGCAUCUCGGGCAUCAUUCGCUCCGUGCACGCAUCGUGUACCUACACCGCAACUCCGUGCCUCAUUCCCGGGUACCCUCUGUGACUCGCUCCUGCAGCAAAGCCACCAUGCCUAUCACUCGGAUGCGAAUGAGACCCUGGCUAGAGAUGCAGAUUAAUUCCAACCAAAUUCCAGGGCUGAGCUGGAUCAAUAAAGAAGAGAUGAUCUUCCAGAUCCCAUGGAAGCAUGCUGCCAAGCACGGUUGGGACAUCAACAAGGAUGCCUGUCUGUUCCGGAGCUGGGCCAUUCACACAGGCCGAUACAAAGCAGGGGAAAAAGAGCCAGAUCCCAAGACUUGGAAGGCAAACUUCCGGUGUGCCAUGAACUCCCUACCAGACAUCGAGGAAGUGAAGGACCAGAGCAGGAACAAGGGCAGCUCUGCUGUACGCGUGUACCGGAUGCUGCCACCCCUCACCAAGAACCAGAGGAAAGAGAGAAAGUCCAAGUCCAGCCGUGACACUAAGAGCAAAACCAAGAGGAAGCUGUGCGGAGAUUCUAGCCCUGACACCUUAUCUGACGGACUGAGCAGCUCUACUCUGCCUGAUGACCACAGCAGUUACACAGCUCAGGGAUACCUGGGUCAGGACUUGGACAUGGACAGGGACAUUACCCCAGCUCUGUCACCGUGCGUCGUCAGCAGCAGUCUCUCUGAGUGGCAUAUGCAGAUGGACAUCAUGCCAGACAGCACCACUGAUCUGUACAACUUGCAGGUGUCGCCCAUGCCCUCCACCUCUGAAGCUGCAACAGAUGAGGAUGAGGAAGGGAAGUUACCUGAGGACAUCAUGAAGCUCUUUGAACAGUCUGAGUGGCAGCCGACGCACGUGGAUGGCAAGGGAUACUUGCUCAAUGAACCAGGAGCCCAACUCUCUACUGUCUAUGGAGACUUCAGCUGCAAGGAGGAACCAGAGAUCGACAGCCCUGGAGGGGACAUCGAGAUAGGCAUACAGCGUGUCUUCACAGAGAUGAAGAAUAUGGACCCCGUCAUGUGGAUGGACACCCUGCUGGGCAACUCUACCAGGCCGCCCUCCAUUCAGGCUAUUCCUUGUGCACCAUAAUUUGGGUCCCUGACCCGUUCUUGCCCUCCUGAGUGAGCUAGGUCCAGCAUCAUGGUGGCUGUGAUACAACAUAAAGCUAAACUUCCGUGGACCCCUUGAUGUGGCAAAACAUAAUCCCAUUGCCAAGCAGGGAAGGGACCAAACCAUCCUCCUUGGGUCAGUGGACUGACUCUUCAGAGCUUAGGAGGCAGGGUCUAAGUUUUUCAAGCUGGUCCUGACUCCUAGGAAGAUGGAUUGGCGUUCUGAGGUUAGUGUGAGGCAGAGGACCUGGACGGAAGUUACCUUCUAGCUCUUUGAAAGCUUCAUUGCUUAGAGAGGGUCUCACCACUGGGCUGGCCCUGGGGGAAUAGACCAGCGCCCACAGAAGAGCAUUGCACUGGCCUUAGGGCUGGCUCCACACUGGGAGACAAUUGCACUAAGUCCUAUUCCCAAAGAACUGCUGCCCUUCCCAACCGAGCCCUGGGAUGGUUCUAGAGCCAGUGAAAUGUGAAGGAAAAAAUGGGGUCCUGUGAGGGUUGUCUCCCUUAGCCUCAGAGGGAUUCUGCCUCACUCCCUGCUCCAGCUGUGGGGCUCAGGAAAAAAAAAUGGCACUUUCUCUGUGGACUUUGCCACAUUUCUGAUCAGAAGUGUACACUAACAUUUCUCCCCAAGUCUUGGCCUUUGCAUUUAUUUAUAUAGUGCCUUGCCCUGUGCCUGCUGUCUCUCCUCAGGCCUCAGCAGUCCUCAGCAGGCCCAGGGAGGGGGUUGUGAGCGCCUUGGCGUGACUCUGAACAUUGGAAACGCCACCUAACUACUAAGUUGUGUCUGAUCUCGUGUGGAUCUGUGUAAAUAUGUAUAUUCAUCUUUUUAUAAAAACCUAAGUUGUUUA